UACUCCGCAAGGUAAUUGAAUCUAAACUCCGCUGUGGCACGUCACGCUAGCAUAUGUCGGGAGCAUAAAUUCUCCUGUGUCCUUUCCUCACCAUGUCUGGCAAAAAACGCGCUUCCCCUGGCGCAGACGUCGAGAAAAAUCCUCUAGCAAAUGUCGAACUCAGCGAUGAAGAUGCUCAAAAACUUCAGAACAUUCAAAAAGAUAUCCAACGCGUCGAACUCGUCAUAGAGCGCCAGGCUAUGGAAAAACUGAAUCCGGUCUACGAAAAACGCCGUGCCGUUGCUAAAUCAAUAGAGAAAUUUUGGCCUGUGGCUCUUAUGAACAACACCAUGAUCUCUUUUCAUGCACAACACACUAUUGAUCAACUUGCGCUGAGCUACCUUGAAGAUUUAUGGAUCGUUCGCGAUCCUAAGGAGCCACGAUGCUACACUAUUGAAUUCUAUUUCAAGGCAAACCCAUACUUCACUGACUCCGUCUUGAAAAAGGAUUACAAAUACGUACCUCCACCCGCCGCUUCGGACGAAAACUCCGAUGCAGAUGGUAUCACCGACUCCAUGCUCGACUUCUCCUGGGCCCGUGAUGUUCAGCCUUCCGCAACUCCUAUUCACUGGAAGGAUCCUGAGAACGCCCUGACUAAGCUCCAUCCCCGUGUGGCUGAGGUGGAUGGGGAUGACGAUAUGCCUGCAGAAGCUGGCAGCUUCUUCAACUUCUUUGAGAUUGCAGAUGACCCCUUUGAGAUUGGUACGCAAAUUGCCAAUGAGAUCUUCUCCGAGGCCACAGAUUAUUUCAUGGGUAAUGUUGCUGGUGAUGAGCUUGAUUCCGAGGAGGAGGACAGCGAAGAUGAUGACGAUGACGCUGAAGAAAUUGAUUUGGAGAAACCAAGGGCGAAAAAACAAAAGAAGGAAUAGAUGCUAUCACCACCAUCUAUUCGAUACACGUAUUUAUGUCUUGUCAGCUGCCCAGCUUGACUGUCUUAUUGGCUUAUCACACUCGUUGUUUACAGUAGCACCCAUUCUCGUGGUUUUCUUGAGUGAUCUCGGGUGAAUAGCACGUCUACAUGUAUUUGAAUAGUGAGUUUCGGCAUUACUAAAUAGUAAGUUGUACUGUUCGGUGCGACAAAAGGAAUUUUGAAAAACUGCGGCUUCACUUGCAAAG